CCAAUUGGGAGUUCCUGCCAGAACCCAAAACGUCACACACGACACAUCUCUUUGAAGCUUUGUUGCAAAAGGUACCCCAGACGAUUCUCGCCGUCCCUGUCUACAGACCGAUUCAGCGCGCUAAAGGCGGCGACUGAAGGCCGUAUAUGUGCUUCACAAGCUGUAACUGCUCUUCGAAAACCCUAAAUCAGAAGAAACAUAUACUUGGCUCUAGUAAUCAUCAUGUACAUAAAACAGUGUCUGGGUAUCUAUGCUGUGGACGUAUUUAUGCACACAAUCGCAUGCUUCUCUGAAGUUUUCAUGAUUGCGCGCUUGACUGAAGCUUUCAUUUUGGGGGGAUGCUUUUGGUGCAGAUUAUUAUUGAAGGGUUCAAGAGCUACAGGGAACAGAUAGCUACUGAACCAUUCAGUGCAAAAGUUAACUGCGUUGUUGGUGCUAAUGGAUCUGGCAAAUCUAACUUUUUCCAGGCAAUGCGUUUUGUCAUAAGUGACCUCUUCCAUAACCUGCGCAGUGAAGAAAGGCACGCCUUACUUCAUGAAGGUGCAGGACACCAAGUAUUAUCUGCUUUUGUGGAGAUCGUGUUUGACAAUUCAGACAAUCGACUCCCGGUCGAUAAGGAAGAAGUGCGAAUGAGAAGAACAAUUGGGCUCAAGAAAGAUGAAUAUUUCUUAGAUGGAAAACAUAUCACGAAAACUGAAGUCAUGAACUUACUGGAAAGUGCAGGAUUCUCUCGAUCGAAUCCAUACUAUGUUGUGCAGCAGGGAAAGAUAGCAUCAUUGACAGUGAUGAAAGAUCCAGAGCGACUUGAUCUACUGAAAGAAAUUGGUGGCACACGAGUCUAUGAUGAGAGACGCCAGGAAAGUCUAAAGAUUAUGCAAGAAACAGGUAAUAAGAAGAAGCAGAUUAUUCAAGUUGUGCAAUACAUGGAUGAAAGGCUGAGAGAGCUGGAUGAAGAAAAAGAGGAACUUAAAAAAUAUCAGCAGCUUGACAAACAGAGGAAAUCUUUGGAGUACAGUAUCUUUGAUAAGGAACUUCAGGAUGCAAGGCAGAAAUUGGCAGAGGUUGACAAGACUAGGAAUCAAAUUUCUGAAACAUCUACUAAGAUGUAUGAAGAAGUGCUGACGGCCCACGAAAGGUCUAAGGAACUUGAAAAGUUGUCCAAAGAUCUGACCAAGGAAAUUCAAAUUCUAAGCAGGGAAAAAGAAGUGAUAGAAAAACAGCAAUCAGUCGCUAUCAAGAAGCAUACCGAGCUUGAGCUUGAUGAGAAAGACCUUCGGGAGAAGAUCAGUGCAAAUUACAAAGCCAAGGAGGAAGCAAUUAAACAACUUCACCUUCUAGAGAGCGAAAUUCAGAAGUCAACAGAUGCACUCAACAAUAUUAAGCCUUUUUAUGAGAAACAAGUUCAAGAGGAAGAUGAGAUAACAAAGAGAAUUAUGGAACGUGAAAAGCAGCUUAGCAUCCUUUAUCAAAAACAGGGCCGGGCUACUCAAUUUGCUAACAAAGCUGCCCGUGAUAAAUGGCUUCAAAAGGAAAUCGAUGAGUAUGAAAGAAUCUUGUCCUCAAAUCAUAAGCAGGAGAGUCAACUUCGUGGCGAAAUUAAGCAGCUUCAUGAAGACAUGAAGAUUCAUGAUGAUAUCAUCAUGCAUCGCAAAAAUGAAGCAGCUGUCAGGGAAGCUCUCAUAUCUGGAUAUCGGCAAAGUUACACUGCUUUUAAAAGACAGAGAGACGAGCAGCAUGAUGAGCGGAAGUCUUUGUGGGCGAAAGAGAGUGAACUUACUGCUGAAAUUGCUCGACUCAAAGCAGAAGUUGAGAAAGCAGAGAAAAGCCUAGAUCAAGCAACACCUGGGGAUAUUAGAAGGGGACUGAGCUCAGUCAGGAGGAUAUGCAAAGUGCAUACAAUUCCUGGGGUAUUUGGCCCAAUAUUUGAGUUGCUUGAAUGUGAAGAGAGGUUCUUCACUGCUGUUGAAGUUACUGCGGGAAAUAGCUUAUUUCAUGUUGUGGUUGAGAAUGAUGAUAUAUCAACCCAAAUUAUUAGACAUCUAAACUCAGAGAAAGGUGGGCGAGUCACAUUUAUUCCAUUGAACAGGGUGAAGGCUCCUGAAGUUUCGUAUCCACAGAACAAUGAUGUGAUACCACUUCUAAAAAAAUUGAAGUUCUCCAACAGAUAUACAAAAGCAUUUGAACAGGUGUUUGCUCGAACUGUAAUUUGCCGGGAUUUGGAUGUUGCAACAAGAGUUGCGCGCACAGAUGGUCUUGACUGCAUAACUUUGGAAGGUGACCAAGUGAGCAAAAAAGGAGGUAUGACUGGUGGGUUUUAUGAUUAUAGGCGUUCAAGACUGAGGUUUAUGAGCAUUAUUAAGCUUAGAACAAUUUCUAUCCGCGAGAAGGAAAAUGAACUGGUGGAUGUUAGGAAAAUGCUUGAAGAGAUGGACCAGAAAAUUAAUGAGCUAGUGGCUGAACAGCAGAAAAAUGAUGCUAAGUUGGCUCAUGACAAAUCUGAGCUAGAACAGUUCAGGCAGGACAUUGCAAAUGCUGAAAGGCAAAAAAGUUCCAUUGCUAAAGCUGUUGAGAAAAAGGAGAAAUUGCUGGCCAAUGUUUUGACCCAAAUUGAUCAGCUUAGAUCUAGUAUAGCCAUGAAACAUGAAGAGAUGGGAACAGAACUUGUUGAUCACUUGACACCAGAAGAGAGAGAAGCUUUGUCACGCCUGAAUCCUGAAAUAACAAAUCUGAAAGAGAUGCUUAUAGCAUCCAAGGCAAAACGCAUGGAGACUGAAACAAGAAAAGCAGAGCUGGAGAUGAACUUAUCAACAAAUCUUGUAAGGCGGAAGCAAGAGUUGGAGGCAAUCAAAGUGGCUGUAGACAUUGAUGCGCUUAAUUCUGAAGCUGAUUUGAAGGGACAAGAAGUACUGGAGGUUCAUAAGUUGCUCGAGAACUUGAGUGAACAGAUCAAAAGGGUUUCUGUGAAUUUAAAUAAAAAAAUUUUGGAGCUGCAGGAGAUCAAAGGUAAAAAAGACAAGUUGAAGGCUCUGGAGGAUAAGUAUCAGGGAACACUUCAGGAUGAAAAGAGAGAACUGGAGCAACUCUUAAAUAAAAGGAACAUCUAUGUUGCAAAACAAGAAGAGUAUUCAAAGAAGAUUCGGGAAUUGGGUCCAUUAUCUUCUGACGCUUUUGAAAAGUAUAGAAGGAAGAAUGUAAAAGAGCUGUACAAAUUGCUGCACAAGUGCAAUGAGCAGCUGCAGCAGUUUAGCCAUGUCAAUAAAAAAGCAUUUGACCAGUAUGUAAACUUCACUGAGCAGAGAGAAGAACUCCAGAGAAGACAAGCUGAACUAGAUUCUGGUGAUGAGAAAAUCAAAGAACUUAUAUCAGUUCUGGAUAUGAGAAAGGAUGAGUCAAUUGAGCGUACAUUCAAAGGUGUGUCUAAGCAUUUUCGAGAAGUAUUUUCUGAACUUGUGCAAGGUGGCCGUGGGGUUUUAGUUAUGAUGAAAAAAAAGGAUGGUGAGGAGGAUGACAAUGACGAUGCUGAUGAUAGGCCUCGUGCAGCUGAGGUUGGGGGAAGGGUUGAGAAAUAUAUUGGUGUUAAAGUGAAGGUGUCUUUUACAGGACAAGGAGAAACACAGUCGAUGAAACAGUUAUCUGGAGGUCAAAAAACAGUUGUAGCACUAGCUCUAAUAUUUGCCAUACAGCGAUGCGAUCCUGCCCCAUUCUAUCUCUUUGAUGAAAUUGAUGCUGCACUGGAUCCUCAAUACAGAACUGCAGUCGGAAAUAUGGUUCGUAGGAUGGCAGAUAUGGCAAACACCCAGUUUAUAACAACAACAUUUAGGCCUGAGCUUGUAAAAGUUGCUGACAAAAUAUAUGGCGUGACGCACAGAAACAGAGUUAGCCGAGUUAAUGUGGUCUCUAGAGAAGAAGCUUUAGAUUUUAUCGAGCACGAUCAGUCCCACAAUGCCGAUUGAGAGCUUAGAAGGCUUUGCCACUGUCCAACUCUACUAUCAGUACUAUGUGAUCAGGCAGGAAGCUGACUACGCAUGUUAUAGUUGGUACAACAAUCACUGGAUAAUACUCUGUAGAUGGCGUUUACAUGUAGAUGGCGUUAUAGUUGGCAUGCAGAAUUGGUAUUUUCGUUUACAUGUAGAUGGCGUUUUUAGUGAAGUUGGUCUAGAUAUUUUAAGUUAUUUAUGUUUGCUACAGUAGAGGAAUGUUGAUUCUUUUUCACAUCAGUUGUGUCUAUUCGUCAGUAGUUGGCGUUCAAAGUGAAAUGAUUUAGGGAUAUAGUUGUUAUCUCCUGUUCACUAAGAAGCCCUUCUGUAGUAGUAGCUCUGUAAUUUACCGGUUCCGGUAAUAUCAUUCCCGGUACCGACCCGUGUAUGUACCGGUACCGGAUCAGGUUGGGCUACCCGGUCGGGCUUCGGGCCGGGAUAAAUUUAAUUUUUUUGUUAACUAAUUUACAAGUGCUACAAAAAAAAUCGUUGGAUAUUUAUUUAAACAUGAAGUACAAUUGAUAAUUGAAAAUACAUUUGGUAAAAA